GCCUCUCACCUCAUCCCACUGUUGGCAUGGUGAUCAAACUGUCAUUUCCUCAUGUCAUUCGAGAGCUUCAUCUAGAGGACAGAAGUAUCCCAGAAGGCACCACAGCACACGCGAAGAAAUCACGGUGCAUCAGGAAGAGACGGCGUGAUGCGUUCUGAACAUCAGAAGUCACAAUGGAGAUGACUCUAUUGUUUAUCACAGUGUGGUUCACUCAGUUCCUCAUCGUCUCGGCUCUUAAUUUCAGCACACAGCCAACAUACACCCCAAGUGACUUCAUAGAUACCACACAAAUAACUUCAGCAACAACAAAAACAAACCCCGAACCAAAUACCCUUAUUUAUGCAACACCUUCGUCACCUCUGACUGCAACAACGCAUAUAACCAUAACCAAUUUGCCCAGUGAAGUGCAAACACAGACAAAUAUAACCCCAAAUGUGACACCCACACAGGAAACAGCAUCCCUGCAACAACUGAACACCAGCAGUUCUCCAUCUCAACAUGUCAUGAUGGAUGAUGGCGAGAGCGUAACCAAUGUUAGUAAUGUGACUGUGAGUGAUGACAAUACAAGUCAUACAACAGUUUCCACGAACUUCGCAACACAGACGAAUGACAGCACUGAGACAGGAACAACGCCAAGUGUGAGCUACAACUCUGACAGGAGCACCGUUCAGACUACAGACACUUCUUCAGACCCAGUCGACAGUGUCUCAACAGCUCCUUGGAGAUAUUCCACAGAGAAAGAGGAUGAGAGAACGAACGCCGACGAAGGAAAUUAUGAAACUAACUCCACCCUGGCCACAUUUACAAAUAUGAACGAGGAGUCGCGAGGAACACGAGGCACUGAGGGAAGUUACACGUUCUCAAGUGAACACAGCGAGGCACAUUAUGACACAACAGCGAAUACAAUCAAUGUCAGUGAUACAACAGCAACAGUGAGUAACAACCAGUCAACUCCACAAAACACAGAUAUUCCCACGACCACACCGUCUUACACAACAGCGAAUACAGUCAAUGUCAGUGAUACAACAGCAACAGUCAGUAACAACCGGUCAACUCCAAAAAACACAGAUAUUCCCACGACCACACCGUCUUACACAACAGCGAAUACAGUCAAUGUCAGUGAUACAACAGCAACAGUGAGUAACAACCGGUCAACUCCACAAAACACAGAUAUUCCCUCAACCACACCGUCUUACACAACGGCUCAAGGUUACCCCACGGUUACAGAUGCGCCUGAAGACCACACCUCAACAAGUGGAGACCCCCUCUCACUCAACUCAACUCAUCUCAAGAUCAACUCAACUCACUCUACGACACAGGGGGAUAUAUACAGGUUCACAAACCCCACAGAAACCACAGGAAGAGAAAACCGGACAGAACCAGACACACCCGGCGGUACCCCCACCAACAUCAACGUCUCUGUCACAACUGACAACAGCCUGAAUGCCACAAACUACAGUUCAAACACAAAUGACACAGAAAACAAAGCGAGGCCUCCAUGUUUGAGCCCAACACAAGAAAAUCAUUCUUGGCCAUCCAAGCUGGUCUGUUUCCUCAUAUUGUGGACUUUAGCAAUGACCGCCUCCAUAUUUCUAGGAAUUACUAUAUUUCUUUGGGUGCGUCUGUCGGUCUCCAAGAAAAAGAUGAAGCGGCGAGUAAAAGGAGGUGAGACGUGUGAGAAGAAGAGCCUGUGGGCCGACCCCAAAGCUUCGGUGCAGGACAGAGUGGAGUUCUGGUACGUCAACGGAUCCACGCUGGAGGCCGACAGGAAGGACAGGAGGAGGAGGAGGACGAGAGGACGCGAGCAGGAUACUGAGGAGAACAGCUUGUGGAUUCAGCCUAGAGUCACUGUGGAAGACAUAACUGAGUUCUGGUACGCAAACAGACGCACCAAGGAGGAGAGGACAGAGGACACGUAGAUACAAACUUUGAAAGGCUUCGGAAGAAAUCUACUUGGACUUAUGUCUAAAGCGUGAGGGGAUUUUGAUGGAGCCUUUGUUUGAGUUACUGACUUAAAAAGUCCGAAUAAGAAGUCCGAAUGAUGUGUUUGUGAUACCACAUCGCCUUUAAUUGUCAGGGAUUUGUGUUCAGCUGUGGCCCAAAAAAAUCAAACAAUAAAUAAAAAUGAAAAAGACAAACUCUAGGUUGAUUGAAGUAUUUCAUAAUAGACAAAGCUGACAUUAAAUGAUGAACGAAACAGGAAGAGCCUAUGUUGCAAUCACAUGCUAUUGGAAGUAUCCUAAAUAUGAGUUUCCCAAGCAGAAACGGCACAUUAAUGGCCUAAGUCAUAUUUAGAUCAUUGUGAUACACAAGUUUCUGAGUUGGGUGGGCCAUGAGCUUUAAACAUGAUGGAGGAGAGAACCAUCGAUAGUGACUGUUAAGGUUUAUUUGUUUUUCCCAGAACAUUUGCAUUGCUUUUUCUUACCAUUAAACUUAUGUAUGUUUAAGUACAUAAGUAACCAUUUGAUGCAUAUUGCCUAUAGCAAUGGUUUUUGUUUUUUGACCAACGAGAUGACUAUAUAGAUAGUACAGUGACUAUGUACAAUAGUGCUGGGUAAUGUUUAUAUCCUUGCAAAUUAAUGGGAUGCUAUAUUUUAUUCAAAAUCUGUUAGAUAUUGACUAAAUGUCUUCUAACUAAAUACAUUUUGGCUCCAGUAAAAUCCUCAAGAAAUGGGCAAGAA